CUUGCAGGUGUCUUGCUUUAAUUACCCUUGCUUGACUGAUGCUCACCUGGAGCUUUUGACCGCGAGGUGGGUUUUGCGAACAAGUUUCACACCCUCUUGUUACCUCUCGUUGCCCGGACCUCUCCGUCCGCAUCGCCCUGCUUCUCGACUCCGCUCCCUCCCUCGAACAGGGGUUGGCUACGGCACCCCCUCUCGCGUCCACUCCGACAAAAAGGUGUAAUUUGACCCAAAAAAAAAAAAAAAAAAAAAAAAAAAAAAAAAAUUCCAUAUUUUUCUUGAUGAUCACUUUGCAGAGUACUCCGUACUGGAGUAGUUGAAAUAGUUAAAUACUUUUGAUGUCGCAUAUAAAUUCGAUUGUGGAUGGUAAAACUAACUAGCUAACUAGUUAACUAACUUAGGGGCUGCUGCACUGGCACCCCGGCGGACUGUGUUAAAAUUGCUGCCUGGAUGGCUGCUCCCAAGCCUACUGGCCUCUGUGAUUUUUAUUUUUAGCUUUAUUUUUUAUUUUUCAGAAUGAUGGCGGAUAUGGUCAUCUCUCAGAACCUGCCGCCUUUUUUCCAUCGCUAUCCAACUAUUCGGGGAUCGUAGAUCGAUCGCUCUCAGAAUGGCGUUUUCAAACGAAGCCAAGCCGUCCUCCGACGAGCCCGAAGGGAGGCCACCGUUUGGCAAUUUUUGGAGGAUCUUGUCGUAUGGCAGCCGACUCGACUUUGCCUUGAUGGCGGUUGCCGCGCUGUGUGCCGCCGGAACUGGCGUGGCUCUUCCGCUGAUGAAUAUCAUUUUUGGCAAACUCGCCGCGGACUUCACCGGUUUCUUUGUACCCGAUUCUGGAACCACAGAGGACCAGUUCCGGAACAGCCUUAACCGCAAUGUGUUGUAUAUUGUCUACCUCUUCAUCGGGAAGUUUGUGCUCGGCUACAUCUCCCUCUUUUGCAUUCGCAUGGCGGGACUCAGAAUUUCUGCUAACUUGCGACUUGCAUACAUGUCUGCUUUGUUCAAACAGCGCGUCAGUUUUGUUGACAAACUUCCUGUUGGACGGCCAACCACCACCAUCACAACGUCCGCAAACCUCAUCCAAGCAGGCAUCGGAGACAAGCUCUCGAUACUGGUGCAAUCACUGACCCUCGUUGUUGCCGCGUAUGUCGUGGCUUUUCGUUAUUCUUGGUCGCUGACCUUAGUCUCCAGCUCCGCCCUGGUAUUCAUAAUGGUCGUCUUUAGUAUCACGGUGCCUAUCUUUCUUGGACUUCAGAAAAAAGUCGACUUUGCCGACGAGAAGGCAUCGUCCGUCGCUGCAGAGGCCCUUGGCACCAUGAGAACCAUCGUCGCCUGCGGUGCCGAAGCCCGCCUGGGUGCGAGAUAUGCCGAGUGGAUCGCCGAAGCCAGAAAAAGGGGAUUGCGGAUUCCUCCGGUCAUGGGAGUUCACAUCAGCCCUGCUAACUUCGCCAUGUAUUGCAAUUUUGCAUUGACUUUCUGGUUUGGAGUGAGACAAUAUUCGAGAGGCAACGUGGAUGAUAUAGGUCAGGUCGUGAUAGUUAUAUUUUCUGUCCUUGUCGUCGUGUCCGCUAUAUCGAUGAUUGCUAGUCCGAUGAUCGCGAUAUCAAAAGCGAUAAGUGCGUCCACUGCCUUUUUCGAAGUGCUUGAUGCACCCAGUCCCAACACCUCAGGGCUGAAAGAACCGGAAAUUUCCGCAUCAAGGGAUAUUAAGUUUCACGAGGCGGUGUUCUCUUAUCCAAGUAGACCCAAUGUGAAGGUAUUGAAUAAAUUAUCACUGUGCCUUCCUGCCGGGAAAAUCACGGCACUCGUUGGUGCUUCGGGAUGUGGCAAAAGUACGAUUGUUGCGCUUUUGGAACGUUGGUAUCAAUUGGACGAUGAUCUUGAGCCGUUCAAGAAGUCCUGUGAUGAAGAAGAUUCGGAUCUCGAGGAUAAAAAAGCCAAUAGCGAUGCAGUAACGCCAAACGGCGGCACAAUUACCCUUGGCGACACGAAUAUUGUCGAUGUGGACCUUAAAUGGUGGAGAUCCCGGAUUGGUCUCGUUCAGCAGGAGCCAUUCUGUUUCAACACUUCAAUAUACCAGAAUGUUUCAUAUGGUCUUGUUGGAUCCGCAUGGGAGGGUGCGGAUGAGACGACAAAACGACGCCUUGUAAAAGAGGCUUGCAUAGAAGCUUUUGCGGAUGAGUUCAUCAACAAAUUGCCAGAGGGCUACGACACACUUGUCGGUGAAAAUGGAAUGAAACUUAGUGGCGGGCAGCGCCAAAGACUCGCCAUUGCGAGAAGCAUCAUCAAAAAGCCCUCUAUCCUUAUCCUCGACGAGGCAACGAGUUCCAUCGAUGUUCGAGGUGAACGUAUCGUCCAAGAGGCUCUAGAUCGUGUGUCCAAGAACCGAACAACUAUCACAAUCGCACAUCGUCUAUCAACCAUCAAGAAGGCAGAUAAAAUUAUUCUUCUCAAGGGUGGGCAGGCAAUGGAGGAGGGAACGCACGAGGAACUCCUCGCACAAGAAGGGCUCUAUCAUGCUCUUGUUAAAAACCAGCAGCUUGAAAUGGAUGACAGUCCCAGCUCUCCCCUACCAGUUAUAGAAGAUGUUCUAGAGCAAAGUGUUUCCAAGACAAGGACAUCCGAGAAGCAGACGGAUGAUUCUCACGGUUUGGAGGUGAGCGAAGAAGUUUAUAAGCCGAGAUCCCUUAUUCGUUCCGUGGGCUUGUUUCUCUGGGAACAGAGAAGGCUGUGGUGGCUGUAUGCAUCCGUCAUUAUUGGAGCUGCUGGGUGUGGUGCUGCAUUUUCGGUCCAGAGCUUCAUCUUUGCGCAUCUCGUGGAAACAUUCCAGCUUACUGAAGCCGCUGCGCUGCAAGAUCGAGCAAACUUCUGGGCGCUGAUGUUUUUCAUCCUUGCGAUUGGAGUUUUUUUUUUCUACUUUUUGUUGGGAUUCUCCUCUGCCUCGGUCUCCACGCACAUCGCCACCACCUAUCGCCAGGAAUACUUUGAGAGUAUUAUUCGCAAGCCAAUCCCGUUCUUCGAUAAAGAAGAGAAUUCAGCCGGGGCUUUGACAGGGCGAUUGUCCUCGGAUCCGUCGCAGCUCCAGGAGCUUCUAGGACCGUACAUGGCCUUUCCGCUUAUAUCAUUGUUUAAUAUUUUUGGAUGCAUUGCCAUAUCCUUCGCUUUUGGAUGGAAACUGACUCUUGUGUCGGUGUUUUCUGCAUUCCCACUGAUAAUCCUCGCUAUGUUCGUCAGGGUUAGAUAUGAACUUCGGUUUGAGCGGCUGAACGCAGCAGUGUUCGCGGAGAGCUCCCAAUUUGCGUCUGAGGCCAUUGGUGCGUUUCGCACAGUCACAUCACUUACACUCGAAGAUUCCAUCAAUCAAAGAUAUGCCGCCCUUCUCCGCAGCCAUGUCAGGGCUGCAUUUUUGAAGGCGAGACAUGGUUGUUUGGUAUUUGCGGCCUCAGACAGCUUGGAUCUGGGAUGUAUGGCAUUAUGUUUCUGGUACGGUGGCCAACUCGUGGCACGUGGUGAAUACGAUGUGGUGCAGUUCUUCGUGGUUUACAUAGCCAUUAUUCUAGGUGGCCAAGCUUCCGGCCAAUUUGGCAGCUUAACUCCAAAUAUGGCGCAAGCAUCUGCGGCCGCCAAUAGGAUAAUAAGCCUCAGGCCCUCGGAAAGCGAGGCCUCUUCGGCGCCUGAUGCGCGUGUUGAAUUUGAAGGGGGUGCCAGAAUAGAGUUCAAAUCUGUGAGCUUCAAGUACCCAACGCGAGAUGUCCCUGUUUUCAGGAACUUAAACUUAACGGUUGAAAGAGGACAGUUUGCUGCGUUUGUUGGACCUUCUGGUUGCGGAAAGACAUCUAUCAUCUCCAUACUUGAAAGAUUUUACGAUUACCAAGCAGGCUCUAUUUACAUUAACGGAGUUGAGCUGCAGACUUUGGAGAUGAAGAACUAUCGUAGCGCUUUAUCACUAGUUUCCCAAGAACCAAUCAUGUAUCAAGGUUCCAUCCGAGAUAAUGUUCUCCUGGGAGUCGAUCGGUCAACGGUAACCGACGAAGAACUAUACCAGACAUGUCGGGAUGCGGAAAUCCACGAUUUCAUCCAGUCCCUACCGGAUGGGUAUGCGACUGAUGUCGGAAAUCGUGGCCUUUCUCUUUCCGGGGGACAAAAGCAGCGCCUGUCUAUUGCGCGGGCACUCAUGCGCAAACCCCAUGUUCUCCUUCUUGACGAAGCUACCUCCAGCCUUGACUCUGAAUCCGAGAAACAAGUCCAGGCCGCGAUCGAGCGGACGGCGAAGGGUAGAACUGUCAUCGUUGUUGCCCACCGCCUGGCAACGGUCCAGAAUGCCGAUGUUAUCUUUGUCUUUGGAGAGGCACGUGGAGAUGGGGAGAAGGGAAACGAACGAAAGGGAACAGAGAUUGUGGAAUACGGCGACCACAGGUCCCUGAUACGAAAGCGAGGCGUGUAUUUUGAGAUGGUGAGAUCCAUAUCCUUUAAGCGCCCUUCGCAUGUUCUCCGCAUUGUUGCUAACCGAUGCGUUUUCGGGGUAAUUUAG